GGGGCCGGAGCGACACCUCGCUCCUCGCCGCUUGGUGGGAAUUGUAGUUUGGCGAAAACGCUAGGCUUCUUCAGCGGCACUGGGAACUACAUUUCCCGGUGAAGGUGCGGCUCUCGCAGACCGAGGAAUACGGAGGGCGUCGCAUUGUCCGCAACGGGGUCUGGAGCUGGCGAGGGUUUGAAGCCGCAGGAGGGGGAGGCCAGGAAGGGGGUGCCUUUUCCAUCUCUCUUUGCUCUCGGGCCGCCGCCGUGCUGCAGACGCGGGGUCGGCACCGGCUGUUUUUUUUCCUCGCCCCGCCGCCGUGCAUUCCCCGUCCGCUCCCGGUGUCAGCUUUUCCUGGGCCUGGCGAGAAACUGGGGGUUCGAGGUUCUGAGUAGCGGCCACUGCCCCGCGUGGGAGUAAGAGGCGCGGCCCCCUCCAGCCCCGCCCGCGCCUCCAUGGGCCGGACCCGGAAGCCCAAUGUGUGCCGCCAGCUGAGCCGCCGGGCGCUGGGUUUCUUCUCGCGCGACGCGGGCGUGGUGCAGAGGACGAACCUGGGCAUCCUGCGGGUGCUUGUGUGCCAGGCAAGUACUAAGUUUAAGAAUGUUUGGACAACUCAUUCCAAGUCACCUAUUGCUUAUGAGAGAGGAAGGAUAUAUUUUGACAAUUAUCGGUGCUGUGUCAGCAGCAUUGCAUCAGAGCCAAGAAAACUUUAUGAAAUGCCAAAAUGUUCAAAAUCAGAAAAAAUAGAAGAUGCUUUAUUAUGGGAAUGCCCCAUGGGAGAAAUACUUCCCAAUCCGUCUGAUUAUAAGUCUUCACUCAUAGCACUGACUGCUCAUAAUUGGUUACUUCGUAUAUCUGCAACUACUGGAAAAAUUCUUGAGAAAAUAUAUCUUGCUUCCUAUUGCAAAUUCAGAUACUUGAGCUGGGACACCCCUCAAGAAGUCAUUGCAGUCAAGUCAGCCCAGUACAAAGGCUCUGCAGUAGCUCGCCAGGCAGGCAUUCAACAGACUGUUUUGCUGUACCUUGCGGUAUUCCGCGUUCUACCUUUUUCACUCGUAGGAAUUCUGGAGAUCAAUAAAAAGAUUUUCGGGAACAUUACAGAUGCUACCUUGUCUCAUGGAAUACUGAUUGUGAUGUACAGCUCGGGACUGGUCAGACUUUAUAAUUUCCAAGCCAUCGCUGAACAGUUCAUGCAACAGAAACUUGACUUAGGGUGUGCAUGCAGAUGGGGUGGGACUACUGGAACUGUAGGAGAGGCUCCUUUUGGCAUUCCUUGUAAUAUUAAAAUCACAGACACACCACCACUGCUCUUUGAAGUGUCUUCCCUGGAGAAUGCUUUUCAGAUUGGAGGCCAUCCUUGGCACUACAUCAUCACACCUAAUAAGAAGAAACAGAAAGGAGUUUUCCAUAUCUGUGCCCUAAAAGACAAUUCUUUGGCAAAAAAUGGGAUCCAAGAAAUGGAGUGUUGUUCUCUAGAAUCUGAUUGGAUCUAUUUCCAUCCUGAUGCUUCCGGUAGAAUAAUACAUGUUGGCCCAAAUCAGGUCAAAGUUUUAAAGCUAAAUGAAAUAGAAAGUAAUACUUCCGAGCAUCAGAUCACUGAAGAUUUUGUGAUUUUGGCCAACAGGGAGAAGAACAAAAAUGAAAACUCACUCACUGUUACUGCUUCUGGACGGGUGGUGAAAAAAACUUUUAGCCUUCUGGAUGAUGAUCCAGAACAAGAGACUUUCAAAAUUGUGGACUAUGAAGAUGAGUUGGAUUUGCUUUCUGUGGUAGCUGUUACUCAACUAGAUGCCGAAGGAAAAGCUCACCUGGAUUUCCACUGUAACGAAUAUGGGACUUUACUGAAAAGCAUUCCACUGGUCGAGUCAUGGGAUGUGACAUAUAGCCAUGAAGUCUACUUUGACAGAGAUUUGGUGCUACACAUAGAACAGAAACCCAACAGGGUCUUCAGCUGCUAUGUUUACCAGAUGGUGUGUGACACUGGGGAAGAAGAAGAAACCAUAAGCAGGAGUUGUUAAAAGACUGAGAUAAUUUAAAAUUUUGAGAUUUAACUUAUGAUACGAUUAGCCCAACAUCCUUCUUUUUAUUAUCUGCAUGGCAAGUUUUCCAGUAUUUUCCAGAUAAGGUCUUCUUGUUUUAAGUUCACUUGCCUGACUUCCUAUUUAAGCUCUUCCCAUAGAAGGUGAUGAGGACUCAUUUUAUAUAAAGGUUUUUUAGAAUGAUGUCCCAUGAGUUUAGAAUUUUGGGGCUUUUAGCUGUGUAGCAAUACAAAUAACAAAAUGCUAGGUAACAAGAAGAACAAGUUAAUUUUAAUUUGGGGGGAGAGGGUCAUUGCUGGGGACAGAUUAAAAAUGGUUCUUAAUGGAUGGUAUGGAACUUCGAUGGGAAAGACUGGGAGAGAGAAAUAAAAAGAUAUAGUAGUUACAAAAAAAGAAAUCUUGUAUUCUCUAUACCAAACUUUGCUUAAGGAUGAGAAAUGAGAUCUGUAAUAUGAAAACAUAUUUUUGAGCCAAAAAUGUGUCAUCACAAUUUUUUAAAGAAUCUUGUAUAUGUUUAUAUGUUUUAUAUUUAUAUAUAGUAUUUAGAAUUGGCUCUAGUUCCCAAAUGAUCUUUUUUUCCCCACAGUUUUAUUCUUUUCUUGGCUUGAUGUUCCCACUGAAUAUUUGUGUUUCUGUUAUAGACUAAGGUAAAAGAUUUCAAGCAAACCUUAAGUGAAACUUUUUCUGAUAUGUAACCUGUCUAGCUCUUCAUACAUAUAAGGAUGUUGUUCUCAUUUUACCAUUCUGUUUGCUAGGUGUGUCUUACAGUUUUGUGUAGGCAUUAUUUUCAUACCUAUGCAAUAAGAUAAAGGUACUGUGAUCUGCUUCUGGUCCCUGUAGAAGAGUGUAGAAGAGUAGGUGAAAUCACAGAGAAGUUCAUACUAGCUUGGGGCUUAAUUGCCCAAUUAAUUAGAAAAAGCUGAUAUUGGUUGUGAAUCUUGAAUGUUUUUUCUUUGUUAGAACAGAUCUAAAUCUGAUUCUUGAACUCAGAUAAUCAUUCUUCAGAAUAUUAAAUAAAAGCAACCUAAGUAAAGGGAGAAAAUGUUUCUUCGUGCUUCCUGUUUGAGAAAUCCAGUUGCUUCAAAUCCACAUGUUCAGCACAUUUCUCUGAUUUAGCCUCAAAAGAAUAACUGGUAAAAAUAGAAGGAAAGGAAACAGCAGUAAAAAUUGCUGAUUCAAGUUUAAGGAGAUUAAAAUGUGGAAUGUUAGGUUGGAUAAUUGACACUCAGAUCCUUCAGUUUUUCCUUUUCAUUCUGCUUGAUCCUAUAAUAAGAAUAAUGUGAACUCUGCCCAGUUCUUCCCUUGAAAAUUUGCAGAUAAAUUUCAAGCUUAGUAUGAUCAACAGGGCAGGAGAGAGCAGUUUUUGCUUUUCCAAAAGUCAAGGAAUUAAUAACACUGUUCAUACACUUAAAAGAAAUAAAGGGAACAAAUCUGAAACUGUCUUGUGUGUGUACAAUAGAAAAGAAGAUGACUUAGAACAUGGAAAAUAUUUCAAUGUGGGCUAAAAAUCUUUCUGAAUCUGAUUCUGAGUAUUAGAACCAUCUGGGAAAGUAGAAGUGAUAAUCUUAUGAGCAAAAUGAUAAAACUAUGUUCAUAUAUUAAAUCAUAAUAUUUUUUAUGUACCAGUUGAAAAAUCCAUUCACAUUUUAUGCAUAUUUGAUAGUACUUUAUAAUAUCUGAAGAUUUCAGAACAUUUUAGAGACACUAUUAUGAUUAACAAGCAGUUGAAUAAUUAUGAUGUACUAAAUAUUGCCCCAAACUUCUAAUUAAAUACUAGUUAUAUCUAAACAGUUCUGCCUGAUGAAUUUAUGUCUUGAAAAACAAGUCCAGUAAAAGGGAACACAGUGAAAAUACCAGAGAAAAGAAAGCAGGCAGUGUUGUGUGUGUUUUAAAGUAGAUGUGGUGCUAAGGAAACAAAAUUCUUACCCUCCAUUUCCAAGUACUCUCAGAAAAUAAAGUCUUUAGAUUCAAUCCUGUCAGUUUUUUUUUUUUUUUUAAGUACUUACUGAGUUUCUCUUUCUCCUUUAAGUCUUUGCCGUCUUUUAACAAGAUGUUCGAAAGAAAUCCAUCUAGUCAAAAAGACAUUUAAAAAAUAUCUGAGAUUCCUGGUUGCUUUUUUGGUGGGAGACAGGGGUAGUACUGAACUGACCACUAAGACACUCCCAGUGUGUCACCACUGCCCAAGUCUGAUUAGACCAGGAUCCAAAUGCCAUAUGGGCCAGGCAGAAAUGUAUCUAGUAUGAAAGAUAGUAGGGAGUUGGGAGCAGUGUAGAAAACAGGAGAAGCUAUGCCCCAACUAAAGGACAAACUGCUACUACUCAGUUCAGCCAAUUUUAACAUGUGGGAAUGUGGGCUGCAUGAUUGUUAAACAGGAUGGUUGACAAAAAGAUGCCAAAAGACACUGAAGAUAGCAAAGAAUGUGGGAAAUGUACAGAAAGUACACAAGGCAGGAGACAAUAUAGCAUGCUCCCCCAAAAGAUAAGGGCUUCCCAGCUCCCCACAGUCACGUGCAGCUGCUCAUUCUUCCACUGUGAGGCACUUACUUUGCCAUUCUCUUAGGGGUAGGGCUGGAGUUAAUAUCCUUCUGCCCCACCUUGACCCUCUUCUCUACCUGACUGUUUUAGAGACUCUAGCUAUAACAGGUGCUAGUGGAAACAUUAUGGGUAAAUUUCUGAGUAUUUAAUGCAAGACCGGGUGACAUAGUGGCUUCUCUUAGCAGGUCCAGACAUUAAGCCAAUAAGAGGUGCAUUUUUGCAUCUAAGAUUCUUUAUUCACACAGUAUCAGUACAGCAAGCUUGUUUUUCUUUGACUUUAUAAAACAUUUCUCACAACUCUGGGAGGAAAUAAAAAUUCUAUCAUGAUUACUAUUCAAACUACCUACUGAGGCAAUGAUAUUGUUCUGUUUAAACAAAUUAAGGCACUCCACAGUCUUCCACCAAUUGAGUGUUUUGGGUCUCAUACCUUUUUUUAAAAAAGAUAGUUUAUAUUUAUUAUGUACAGUAGGACCUGUUUUUACACGAACUCAACAUGCAUAAAUUUAGGUAUAUGUGUUUGGCCAUAGAAAAAAAUAAAGGCAGGGAGAGAGAAAGAAAGAAUUAAAAUUUUAAAAAUUAUUUCUAUGAUUAAUUUUGUUUACUUAUUGUUAUGAGAGUGUUUAUUUGCCUUAUUUAUUUUAAAAAUGUGUGAUAGGUAUGUUCAUGUAAAAAAUACUUAUUAAAUUAAAUAAUGAGGUUCACUAUUAUGUGUGAUUUUCAGCUUAACCAAAGGUCUUGGAACGUAUCAGUCAUGUAAAACAAGAUCCUAUACUUUCUAUUUACCAGUCACUGUGAUACAUAUACAAUUGAUUAUCUUGCUUAAUAUUCAAAAUAACCAUAUGAGGUAUGAACUAACCAUUGUCUAUCCCCAUUUUACAAAUGAGGAAGAUGAAUUUUACAGAAGUUAAUUUUCCCAAGGCCCCAAAAUGCAAAUGGGAAAAACAUCCAGAUUUGUUUGACACAAACUUAUCCCAUAUUUCCUUCAAAGACAAUGGAUGUUACUUUAUCUCAUAUGUAACAUACUGGCAAUUACAGUAUUGGGUACAUAAGAAAGUGCUUACUAAGUGCUUUUUUAAUGCUGAAUGAAUAUCCAAAUUUUAGACAAAAGUAAAAGUUCACACAUACAACUUGCCAUAAAAGAUGAUUCUUAACUCAGUGGUUAGAAGCAGUUAAAAAAAAUGGUACCAAAAAUGGCACCCUCAUCCUGUUUGUGGUGAUAAUAAACACCAAUACUAGUAAUUGCUCUUAAUAUAGCUAGUCUGUCUUUACAAGAAUAAUUUUUAUAUAUUUCUUCUCAUUCUUAACCAUAUUUACACAUAUCAUCUGCCCUUUAGAAUCCCAGGAAAAAUUCAGGGGCCAAUUUCUGGUCCCUGUGUUGCCUGAGAAUCUCUAUUUUAUAAAAAGACUCAUUUAUUUCAGGCAAAGGAUUCAGGAUAGAAAACUAAGAACAACUGAAGGUUUUUUUUCCUCCAUCAUUUUAUUAUGAAAAUUUUCAAACACACACCAGAGGUAUAAAAAUUUUACAAUGAAUACUCAAAUACCAACCACAUGGAUUCUACAUUUUACUCUACUUAUUUUCUCACUUCUCUAUCCACUUUACUUUUCUGAUACAUUUUAAAAUAAAUUGCAGACAUCAGUAUACUUCCCCCUAAUACUUCAGCAUAUAUAUCAUUAACUAGAAUUUAAUUCUUGUUCAGUUUUUUAAAAUUUUCGAUGUAACAUUUACCUGUAAUGAAAUGCACAAAUCUUAAGUAUAAAUAUGCUGAGUUUUCACAAAAGCAUACACCUGUUUAAUCCCAAACCCUUUUCAAGAAUUAGAACAUUGCAAUUAUCCCAGAAAGUCCCCUCAUGCCCCUUCCCAGUCAGUCCCCACCCCAUCUCUCAGGUGUAACUAUUUUUCUGAUUCUUUUGCAUCACAGAUUAAAUUUGCUAAUUCUGAAACUUCAUAAAAAUGAAAUCAUACAGAACAAAAUGCUUAUUUCACUCAGCAUAAUGUUUUUGAUAUUUGUUUAUGUUUUUGUGUGUAUCGAUGGUUCAUUCCUUUUUAUUGCUGAGUAUUCUGUUACAUGAAUAUGUCACAGUUUUUAUUUUCCAUUCACCUGUUGAUGGAUGCCUGGGCUGUUUCUACUCUUUUACUAUUAUGAAUAAAGUUGCUAUGAGCAUUCUUGUAGAAUUUUUUUAUCAACAUAUGUCUUUAUGUCUCUUGGGUAAAUAGCCACAGAUGGAAUUGUUGUUGAGGUCUAUCUAGGAUAGAAUACUGUCAGCCCUUUUCUCUAGAGGAUUGUGCUAUUUUAUUUUAUGUUCCUGUCAGCAAUGUAUGAGAGAGUUCCAGUAGCUCCACAUCCUCGCCAAUAUUUGUGAUUGUCAGCAUUCCUGGUGGAUAUGUAAUCAAUUCUGGUUGAUACUCAGGUUGUUUCUACUUGCACCUGGCAGUUGUGUCAUUGAGUUGACCUUUUUUAAGUUUUUAAUACCAGUUUGCAGGAACUGCUGAAAGCGUUCUUUCUUGGUGAUAAUAGUUAGAUAACCCAAAAUCAGCUUGAGUUAUUCUGUCUCAAACACGGGAUAUAUUGCUCACCAAAAGACCCCUGUUUUGUUUAAUGGAAACUGAGAUUAGAGAAAAAACCUGGGUUGUUAAGGGUACACAUUAGACAUCCACAUGACUACUGGAGCUGACCAGGAUGGCACCAGAGAAUAGGCUACUUAAAGCAUGGUAAUGAAAUCUGUUUUAGUUUUGUAAGCUGCAUAAAGCAGAUACCAUGUCAUGGGUUGGCUUAAACAAUGGGAAUUUAUUAGCUUACAGUUUGAGGCUGAGAAAGUUGUCCAAAUCAAGGCAUCAUGAAGGUGAUGCUUUCUUCCCAAAGACCGACUGGUAGCGAUCCUUGACCCUUUUGCCACAUGGCAAGGCACACGUUGGCGUCUGCUGUUCUCUCGCUUAUCUUCCAGGUUUUGUUGCUUUCAGCUUCUUGCUUCUGUGGCUUUCUUUCUUUAUCUGAAUUUUAAUUUUCUUAUAAA